GAUUAAAAACAAAUGUCAUGUUUUCUUGUCCCAGUAUCUUCUUUUCUCAAUUUGGCUACGCAGAUUAAGGACCUUGAUAUAUCAAGGAAGAAAGCAGAUCUUGAAGGCCACACAACAAGAGCAGAUGGUCUGAGAAAAUCUUUGAUGGACAUCAUUUUAGAUCAACUAGCUUACAACAUAGAUACCAUCCCCCUAUUUCUUAAGACCUUCAGUGAACCAAAAUGGAAACUGGAAAUAGUUGUGCAUUACCUGUGGAAAUACAUGACUAAGGUAAUCAGCUUCCUAACCCUCAUACAUGGAUUGUAA